AUAGCCCUUCCAUAUAGAUCAUCACCGAGCAAGUUAGUUUACGUGUUGUUGCAAAGAGAAGAAAGGUUUCGAGUAGCAAAAGAGUAAAACUAGAUCUUUAGGAGAAGGUAAAAGAAGCAAUUGAUGGCGACGACAGUGGGAAGAAACAUAGCAGCACCAUUGCUGUUCUUGAAUCUUGUUAUGUACCUGAUUGUGCUUGGUUUUGCAAGUUGGUGUCUCAAUAAAUACAUCAACGGCCAAACUAACCACCCAAGUUUUGGAGGCAAUGGAGCAACACCGUUCUUCUUGACGUUUUCGAUAUUGGCGGCUGUGGUAGGAGUAGCGUCGAAGUUGGCCGGAGCAAAUCAUAUUAGGUUUUGGAGGAAUGAUAGUUUAGCCGCUGCUGGAGCUUCUUCCAUCGUUGCAUGGGCUAUCACAGCUCUUGCCAUGGGGUUGGCAUGCAAACAAAUAAACAUAGGAGGAUGGAGAGGAUGGAGACUGAAGAUGAUUGAAGCCUUCAUUAUCAUUUUGACGUUCACGCAGCUUCUCUACCUCAUGUUGAUCCAUGCCGGUUCACUCAGCAGCAAAUAUGGUCCUGGAUACAGAGACCAAGACUAUGCUACAGGCCAAGCUCAUGGUCAUGGUCAUGUACCACACACUGUGGGAGAGCACAAGGCUGGUGUUGGAUCUACCAUGGCAGUCUGAUGAAAAUCUGUGUCUUUUAAUUGUGUUUUGACGUUUGGUUAAGAAGUACUUAUUAUAGUUUAUGUUUUUUCAAGUUAUGUAAUAAUGUAAUUCCUAUCCAUCUGACAAACGAACGAAUCUUGUGUGUUCUUUUGUUAAUUAGUUAAAUGGAGAUGUGUUUCUUUGUGUUCU